AUGAGAGGAGUUUCAGAAACUGCAGUUGUGUUUUUAUUUUCCAUUUCCACUUUUGGCCUGGUUUAUGGAAAUCAUGUAUCUGGCAGGAUAGAAUGUGACCGAAAGUUGGUGUUAGUUUCCAAAUUUUGGUUCGCUGACGAUGUGGGACGGCUAGAUUUUAAAGUGAAAUACUCCACAACGAGCAAUUGCUGUCCAAGCCUAGCAUAUUACAACGACAAAUUUAACGACUGGGAAUCUGUUAACCAAAACAGCGACAUGGUCUGCCAGUCUAAGUUAAGCUACGCACAGGGAAUGUUCUCAUUUGAAAAUGCUACAACAGGAAAUAACAACUCAACUGAUCGAAGCUAUUCAGUCCAAUGCCACACCAACGGCGAUAGUUAUCUUCGGGUUUGCUCGGGGACACUUCGGGUUGACUUGGUAGAUAAUGGAUGGUGGUCCUUUGUCCUUAGUCACUGCAAUAGCACUCGAGGACUGAACAUUUCUUACGAGUUCAACUUUACAGAUGGGUAUUUUUGGAAUGCAGAUACAUCGACCAGGAGAGUACAAGACAUCUUUGAUAGCCACCUUAUAUCACUUGGCGGCUAUUUAGUUUUGUAUAUGGCUUCGUUUUACUUCGCUAGACAUCUUCAUCGAAGAGGCAUGUUACACCCAGCCUUCAAACUCUUCAUGACAAGUCUUGGAUUCAAGACCGGCGCUGUUCUAUUUGACUUUAUUUUCCACACUAACUACGUUCUGUCUGGAUUAGAACUUUCUCUAUUUACUAUCAGUGAGGUACUCCACGCGACAAGUGAAAUUAUUCUUAUUGUCUUGUUAAUUCUGCUAGUUUUCGGCUGGACAAUUACCAAGGCUCGUCUUAACGAAAGUAGACAAACCAAACUCAAAAUGUUUUUCUCGAGUUACACCUUAAUCUUUGGUAUUCUGUUUGUUCUUGAGCAGCGGCUAUUCUUUCCGGAAGUUCUUCAAAUUGCACGUCUGGGAAACGCAGUGUUAAGAUCGUUAGCAUGGGUUUUGUUUGUCUAUGGUACUAUUUCUACAAUCCGAGAAAACCCAGCAAAGCAACAAUUCUUUUUGUCUCUUAUGGUAUUCUUUUCUGUUUGGUUUCUCACAAAACCGGUCGCUUCUCUAGAAUCCGCUUUCUCUUCUGAGGAAUGGCUAAUCGCACUGAGAUUCCAUCGUCUGGAACCUAUCCUUUGCUUUAUUGGCUUCGGUUGUCUUCUUAGCAUUAUGGGGCCCAAACACUUUCCUUUUCAUGCUCGCACCAAUGGAGUAGGCCCACCGCAGGUGCAAAAUCCGCCGGUCACAUUUAAUGAGACCACAGGAUGGAACGAAAGUAACCGGACAUUUGGAACCCAACCAACGUACUAA